AUGCGCUCACCAUCUCCCGCUCGUCGUUCGCCGUCGCCCGCCCGGCGCUCGCCCGAGCGCUUCGAGCGUCCGGAACGCUCGGACAGGGAGCGUCCGGACAGGGAGCGCGCGGACAGGGAGCGCAGACACCGCCCGGACACCGCGCCCGCGCCCCGGACUCAUGACGAGGAAAGCGAAUAUCGUCGACGCGUGCGCGAGCAAGAAAGUUUGCGCGAGCGCGUGCUUCGUGCUAAAGAAGUUCGCCGCCGUAGAAACGCCGCCGCGCUACAUAAACAACUGCAGGAGAGAGAGCGCGAACGCCAAGGCCUAGACAAAGACAAGGACAACCACAAAGAAUCCAAGCCGGAGCCACCUAGCGUCCCGGACAGGCCCGCCGAGCCGGACAGCCAGCCGGACACCACGCGAAAGUCGCCGGACAAGCCCGCGCCCAAGCCGGACAAGGUGGAGAAAAUCAGGGAGCGGUCGCCGGUUAAAGAUGACAGUGCCGAAGUUAAUUCCACUUGUGAGAACUUAACCCCUCCGCGGCCGCCGUCCCCAGAGCGCGCCUUAACCCCUCCGCUGCCGGAGCCAAAGAAAGACAACAAGUACGACAGCGAUGACGACCUCGACCUCAUCCUCGGAGACAUCGACGGGAUACUGUCGGACGACGAGGACACCGGCCGGUUCAAGGACAAGGACAAGCCUGCUAAGUACCAGGAAGAUUUAGACCUCAUCCUCGGAGACAUCGACGGGAUACUGUCGGACGACGAGGACACCGGCCGGUUCAAGGAUAAGGACAAGCCUGCCAAGUACGUUACUAUCAUUUUUAUUUUAAAAAUGUGGGUCGUGCCUACAAGGUGGACCGACGACCUAAUAAAAGAAUAUUUAGAUCUCAUCCUCGAAGACAUCGACGGGAUACUGUCGGACGACGAGGACACUGGCCGGUUUAAGGACAAGGACAAGCCUGCUAAAGCCGAGCCCGCUAAGCCAGCCGUGGACUUACGCGCCCGCAUCGGCGCCGGCGCAUCGGUUCCUGCGCGGCGGCAGAAGAUCGUCUUCCAUGAGAAGAAGAAGGAAAAAUCUCCUCCACGCCGAGCGGUCGUCACGAGCUCGACAAAAGCCGACAACUCGGAAAGUGACAAAAAAAGCAAACAGGUGAAACCCAAACCUGACGCGAGUACAAAUAAAUCCAGACAGAGGAUAACUUUUGACAGUAAAGAGGAUAAAGAAAAAGAAAAGGACGACGACAAAAAACAAUCGUUCCCCAACCGGCGGGUGAUUCUCCAGCGCAAAACGCAACCUACCAAAGACUCCAAAUCCGUUUUCUCGCGGAUCGAAACCAAAACGGAUCCGACCAAGCCCCACCCGGGGAUAUUCAGCCGCGCCGUCCGGACCGCCAUCGGAUCGGACACGCGGAUCGUUAUUAAGAAGCACGAGGAGCCUCACGUCGAGUUUGAGUCGGAUUCUGACUUGGAUGAGGACAAAUUACUGGAUGAGGAGGUCGGGAAUGUCGCUGACGUCACCAACCUGCCUCACGGUAUGACGGAUACCAGGCUGAAGACGCUUGCAGGGAACGAUGUGCAGAGCUUAAGUUUGGACAAGGAAGAGCGCCGCGCGAAAAUCACCUUCAAAACCACCGUCGCGGCGGAAACCUUCAAAAAGAAAUUCAACAACAAAAUGGUAGCGGCCAGCAGACUCACCGUUUCUUUGCGUUGAAAUAAACAACAGGUUUUAAGAUAAAUGCGUAGAAUAUAUUAUUGAAUAUAAACUUUUAUCUUAUAAUUUGAGUUCUGUUACUCGUAAGCUAUAAAAGGUCCUCUUUGAGUUGUAUUUGGGAUAGUUAUAGCUUGUUUUAUUUUUGUUUCAAAUCAUAAACGGCCAGAUUUGUAAGAUUGGACAGAAAAGCUGACGAAUUUCAGUUGGAAAUGUAUUGAUUGGGUUCUAAUUACAAGUAGCAAAUAAAUGAUUUUUGAAAAGUCCUAUCAUAUAAUAUAGUCUAUUGUUUAAUUGUAAGUCGGUAAAAUUGUGUUUAGAAAAUAAGAUUUUUCUAUUUCGCUUUGUUUCAAAGUGUAACACGUUCUGAAAUAAUUACUUGUGAAGUUAUUAUUUUGUUUAAAUGGUGUAUGAAGAAAGAAUUUUGUCCAACUUAUAGCAGCGCUAUAAAAAUUUUUUGUUAACUAUCUUUCAUUUUGUCACCAUACUUUUAUGCUUUUUGCUGUGUUUAAUGUUUUACAUUACAAUGAAAUAAAUUUCAUGUGUAAGCUUGUUUUAAGGGUGAUUCGAAUAAUUGUUUUCUCCCAAUAUUUUUUAGAUUGUGGUAAAGAAAUAGUUAUGUAUACCUACAUAAACUUUUAUUCUGAUUUAUGUAAAUUUACUUUUAUUGUGCUUCCUAUAACAGUUGUGGUAACCAGUGUAUAGUGAUUGGGUGUAUUUAUUAAAUUCCAGAUGAUUUAUUAAAAAACAAGAUUUAUCAGUUGGAACCUUAUGGCAUAAUAAUGACAAGAUAUUUAUAUUAUAAUUAACAUUACAGAAAACUGUCAUUUUCUUUAGAAAAGAAAUAAAAUUUGGUAGAAAUUUAUGGAUUCAACGAAGAUACUUUUUACUGUGUAUUUAUUUAAGUUUUAGCUGUGGACAGGGACGCAGGUUAUAGAAAAUAAGUUUGUCCUUUGAUAGGCUGUAAUUUAGGGAUAUUUCUUGUCACAGUCGCUCAUGCCUGUACCUCGCAUUGUGCGAUAGGGAUAGAGAUAUCCGAAUGUUGAUGGAUGGCGUAGCUUUGUUUUAAACAAAUGUAUAACGUGUAUAACAUAGUUUGUACAACCAUAUAAAAUAUCAGAUUAUGUACCGAAGAAAUUACUCUUAAAUACUUAUUGCUAGCAAGAAUGUCUUAUAUAUUAUUUAGUAAACCUUUCAUAGCGUAGCCAAAAAUAUUCUUUCUAUAUUAGAUGAAGCUUCAAUAUGUCCUCUAGUAACUAGAUAUAAGUUAUUUGAGUAGUGUAUGCUUGAUUUCUUAUCUUAUUAAACAACACUUGCAUAGAUGUUAUAUUUUGUCUACUCUAGUACUCAUUCAAAUUGCAUAUUUCAUUAUGCAAAUACCUCUAGACAAUAUAACGCUAUCGAUUUCGAUUCGAUUAAAUUGACACAUAUGCAUCGCUAAUGUAUAAGAACUUUUAAGUAGUAUAUUACAGCAAUUUUUCACCUGUCCCAUUGGAUGUAUAACCCAUUGUAUAGCGCUUAAGUAAUAUUGCUUCAAAUAUGUUUUCCAAAAGCAAUAUCCAGUGUUGAAUAUUUAAAGCAUUUUAUUAGAGAAAAAAGCAGUGGAAAUUUUAGUUCGACGAAUUUAUAAUAUGUUAUAAUUAUCUAAAAUCACCAAACAUGCAAGCUUGAUAUAGCGUAAAUGUUUUAAUAUUUUAAGUAGGUAGAAGGUUUCGUUAAAUAUUAGUUUAGGUUAGUUUUAUUUGUUAUUUUUAAUGUAAUAAACAAUAUCCUUGAAGAGCAUUUUUUAUGUUGUAUACUUACACAUCAAGCGUAACAGUUGAAAUAGUAAAGUCGCUCUUAUUCCAUUAGAAAUAAGGUCGAUAUCUAGAUCAAUAUGUUAUGUCUGGUGCUUUGUAUAUUUGAGUGAUAUCUAU